CGGACGUCGUUCGCUCGAAAAGUAUUUGAAGGCCGUGGGAUCUCCUGCCAGAUCUCCUGCUCGAUUGUCUGCUCAAUUGUCUGCUCAGUUAUCGUCAUCUUCAACUCUCAACACCCGGCGAUCGUCGUUGUCCAAACACAGCCGGUGUCAACACAGCGCUUCCAAAGCGAUCGUCCAAACAACACCCUCGUCAACACCAGCUCCAUCUCUCGUGGCCCUUCGCCGCCCGGCCCUCUUCCCCACCUCUCGCCUCGCCCUGAAUCGCAACCUCCCAGCCAUUCGCUCAACACCGUCGCUCCCACCGCCUGACAAAGUCCCCGCCAUGUACUCGACUUCCCACAAGCACGGCACUCGCCCCACCCGAACCAAGGCCACCAACCUGGCGUCAUCGCAGGCCGUCGACCCUAACAGCGACACCCCAACGGUCCGACAGCGCAUCGCCGAGGCCCGUCGCUCUGGCCUGCUGGACCUGCGCUCCCUCAAUCUGACCAGUAUCCCUCCUGAGGCCUGUAAGCUCCAGAAUGCCACCCAUGUGCUGCUUGGCAGCAACAACAUCCGCACCAUCCCGGUUGAUCUGCACAAGAUGUUCCCCAACCUCGAGGCCCUGGACCUGAGCUCCAACCGACUCUCGAGCAUUCCGCCUGGCUUGGCCAUGCUCGACGACCUUGAGAUCCUCGACCUCGAGGGCAACCCAGACCUCUCCGAGAACCUGCCCCCUGCCUUUGGCCCGCUCGAAGAUCGCGUCGCCAUCAUCACCGGCUCCUUCCCGCCCGCAGCCCUUUCCGACGACAGUCGCCUGCCGCAGGAGGUCCAGGCCUUCUUUUGGCGGCUCGAGCACCUCGACACCGCCGGGCUGGACAGCAUCUUCCGCCGCCGUCUUGCUCAGCGAGACUCGAAUCUCGUCUGGUUUCUGACUCGCCGCUACGGCGCCCCUGUGCAGGAAGCCCCCAAGAAGAGUCGCGGCCGCGAAGCUUCCAAUCAGAACCUCGAUGUCGAAGAGAGCGACAACGAGGACAGCCACAUGGACGACGACGACAGCGACGACAGUGGCGACGACUCGCACGUCGACCAGUCGAUCGCCGCCCGCAAGGAAAUGAAACUGCAAACCGAAUACGCUCGCAAGGACAAGGAAAGAAAUGUCAGCGGCCGUGUCCAGGCCGGCCGCAAGACCAAGGCGAUCCGCAACCACCUGCAUCAGCCGGACGACUAUUGAUUGCCGAGGACAAGACAGUUGUCCGUCUUGUGGAUACGUUCGAUGGCCCGAACAGCAGCAGCACGACCGGAUGCUGGCCCGCGCGGCAUCGCCUGCGGAAAGCCUCUGGCCGUUGAUCCUGCACCAAACGCUUCUCCCUCCUCUCCAGAUACCAGCACUCUGUCUCGUCCAUCGAUUCACUCUGUCCUUUGUUCCAUGUCCAGUUGUAUCUAGAAAUCGCUGUCUUUCCAGCAGCGGUGUUUGCAGCAGCGUUUCCCCAUGCAUUCCCCCCUCCCACAUCCAUCUGUGCCCACGCAUCUCUCUCGGACAUCCUGGCGCUCUCGCCUCUAUCGACAAUACAAUACAAUGCAAUACUUGAC